GACGCUCCUUGUCAACCGCGAACCCUCGCAAAAUUUACUGGUGACCAGUUACUCGGGAAUAACUUACGCCAGUACUACGCUGCCCUUUUGGUUCUGGUAACCGUCUAGAGGAUAUUCAAUCAUGAACAUUUUCAGGCUACUGGGUGACUUGGCUCAUCUAGCCUCCAUUUUCAUCCUCGUGCACAAGAUGCAUACUACGAGGUCCUGCCGAGGCAUCUCGUUCAAGACCCAGGCACUCUACGUUCUCGUGUUCCUGACGCGUUACAUCGACCUGUUAUAUACGUGGAUCUCAUUGUACAACUUUGUUAUGAAGGUUUUCUUUAUCUCCAGCAGCGGUUACAUCCUCUACCUCAUGAAAUAUCGUUUCCGGCCGACUCAUGACCCUUCCCUUGAUACAUUCAAAGUUGAAUACCUCGUCGGGCCAUGCUUCGCCCUUGCCCUGAUAUUCAACUAUCGGUUCGAGGUAACCGAAAUCUUGUGGACUUUUUCUAUAUACUUGGAGGCUGUUGCUAUCUUCCCGCAACUGUUCAUGAUGCAACGGACGGGAGAGGCUGAAACUAUCACGACGCAUUACCUUGCUGCUUUGGGCACCUACCGGGCGUUGUACAUUCCUAACUGGAUAUACAGGUACUUCACGGAAGGUACAGUAGAUCCGAUAGCUGUUGUGGCUGGCAUCGUGCAAACCGGGCUCUACCUUGACUUUUUCUACGUUUAUGUUACAAAAGUACUCCAAGGACAGAAAUUUGAACUACCGGCAUGAUGUUUCUUGCUUGUCUUUACCACUUUGGACACUAUUGUCCCACUUAAUGAAUUUCCUCGACGAGUAAGCGGCACUUCUCUGCACCAACACCAAUCAGAGGUAUAACCCUGAGAACGAAAUGACUCCGUAAGAUUCUGAUGUAGGGAACUUCUGGCUAUGUGCAGGUGAUUAUACAGUACCUAGCAUCACCUCCGCCCCGCGUCGCUACUACGGAUCCAGCACCACUCUCUGCCGAAUAUAUCCUCAUUACUAGACUCAGUACCAGCCGUGAGUAGAUAG